AGUAUUCUAUAUAAAAUGGUUUGAAACAAAACAAAAGCAAAAUCAUUGUUCCUUCACAACAAUUCACCAUUUAAAAAUUGAAAAGAAGAAAUUCAAAUACUUGGGAAAGGAAAAAUAUGGAUGUACAAUUGAGUAUUACAGUCGUAUCAGUAUUAUUGCUUUUGUUCACUUCAACUGCUAAAGCUCAAUCAGGUGUUUUUGAUGUAGUUGCCAAGUAUGGCGCAAAGGCUGAUGAGAAGACGGAUUUGAGUCAGCCAUUGUUAGAUGCUUGGAAAGAAGCAUGUGCUUCCACUACUCCAUCUAAAAUUGUGAUUCCUAAAGGGACAUACUUAUUAAGUAAAGCAACCCUAGAAGGUCCCUGCAAGGGUCCUAUUGAGCUUCAAGUUCAGGGCACUGUGAAGGCUCCGGCUGAUCCUAGCGCUUUCAAGGACCCUAACUGGGUCGUCUUUAACAAACUUGAACAAUUUACAAUGUCUGGUGGUGGAGUUUUUGACGGCCAAGGAGCCGCUGCUUGGGGCAAGAAUGAUUGUUCUAAAAACAAAUAUUGUGCCGCACUUCCCAUUAACUUAAGGUUCAAUUUUGUGAGCAAUGCCAUGAUACAAGAUAUAACAACCAAAGACAGCAAACAGUUUAACGUUAAUGUUUUGGGAUGCAAAAACAUCACUUUCCAACAUUUCACCGUCUCUGCACCAGAAAACAGUCUGAACACAGAUGGAAUUCACAUUGGUCGAUCAGAUGGGGUGAAUGUUAUUGACACAGACAUAAAAACUGGUGAUGAUUGUGUUUCUAUCGGUGAUGGUAGCAAGAAUGUGGUCGUCCAAGGAGUAACCUGUGGGCCAGGUCAUGGUAUCAGCAUCGGCAGUCUUGGAAAGUUCCAAGGUGAGGAACCAGUUUCUGGAAUUAAAGUCUCGAAGUGCACCAUCAGUAAUACAAUGAAUGGUGUUAGAAUCAAAAGUUGGCCAGCCUCCUAUCCUGGCUCUGCAUCGGACAUGCAUUUUGAAGAUAUUACCAUGAAUAACGUCGGCAAUCCUAUCCUUAUUGAUCAAGAAUAUUGCCCGUGGAAUCAAUGUGAUUUAAAGAUUCCAUCACGUAUUAAACUCAGCAACAUCAGUUUCAAGAACAUUCGAGGCACAUCUUCAACUCAGCAAGCUGUCAAGCUUAUUUGCAGCAGCGGUUUGCCAUGCGAGGGUGUGGAGCUCGCUGACAUUGAUCUUACAUACAAAGGACCUGAAGGACCCGCAAUAUCCUACUGUUCGAAUGUCAGUCCCAAACUUACGGGCAAACAGAACCCGUCUGCAUGCUCCGCCCCUGCCGGAACAUCUAUCCCGCUGGCUCAUAAGUAGGAAACGAUAAACCAUGUUAAUUAAACAAUAAGGAA